AGGAUUCAGUUACAAUUCUCCCUGACGAGUGUCCGUUAGCGUGGUAGGCACCACCCCCUCUGUAUAACAUGCACACCCGAACCAGGAUCUCAGAGGCGGCACCGAAGAGAGAUCCUGAACAUUGAUCCUGGUGUACAGUUUGUCAACAAACAGUUCCGUGUGUGAUUUCUUGUGUCGCGUGCACGUGUGAGUGACAAAUAGAGUCCCUCCGAAAAAUCUGGCCGUGAUAUUGCAACACAGAUAUGUUUCAUUAAUUUUUCAUCUCACGACGCACAGGCUGGUCUCUUCUAAUGUAUCAACAUCUGUUUCCUGCAAACAAUGCACCAUGAAAUGGACUUUUUUGUGAAGAGCAGCAGAGGAUAUAUAUAUAUACACAUUUUUUUCUCUCUCUUUCUCGCGUUCUCUCUCUCUCACGUGUCUUCGCUCGUGAAAUAGAUUAAACAUUUCAAGGAUUUUGUCUUCGUGGAAUUCAGAAAAAGAGAGGAAAAGAAUUCAGGAAAAUCUUCGAUCGCCAUGACCCUCUUGAAGCUCUUAGUCUACCUGGUUCUCCUUAUACUCUGGUACCAUGAAGCUGCCACUGUUGCUAAGAUCCCACGCACGGUGACGCGUCGCUCCCUCAGCCUGGCGAGGCCGUGGGCACCGCUCGAGACGCCGGGGGAGGCUAAUGGCACUUGGGCAACGGCAGGAGAAGUUUCCCGUCCCUGGGGGAGAGGCGCCCCCCACUCGCAGGACUUCGCUAAGGAUCCCCCGCCGCAGGAAGAGGGGGAGGAACCCGAAGAUGACCAAGAAGAGGAACGGGAGGAAGGACAGAGAAGAUAAAGAGGAGAGAAGGCGGAGGAGAUUGCAGCAGCAGCGUCGGAAGCUGAAGUUGACUCUCGCUGGCGAUCUGCAGAAGAAGGACGAAGCGCAAGGCAAGAGGAAGAAGGAAGAGAGGAAGCAGGAGAGAAGAGGAGGCACGAAGUUGGGGAAUUCUUUCAAGAAGAAGAAGCAGGCGAAGGGAAGGAAAGCGUCGAAGCCGAAUAUCAUUUUCUUCCUAAUUGAUGACUUAGGCUACAAUGACGUGCCUUGGCACAACCCUGACAUCCGUGCCCCCGAGAUGCUGCGGCUGGCGAGGAAGGGCAUCGUGCUGGAGAACCAUUACGUGCUGCCCUUGUGCACGCCCUCCCGUGCCGCUCUCCUCACCGGCCACUACCCCUUCCGCUACGGCAGGCAGGGUUCCCACACCCCUCUGAGUCCUACGGGGCUGAACACAUCAAUGACGCUGCUUCCCCAACGGCUAAGGAACCUCGGCUACCGCACACACCUGGUUGGAAAAUGGCAUCUUGGAUACUGCAAUAAGGCUUACACACCCACUGCCAGGGGUUUCGAUAGCUUUUACGGUUUCUACCUAGGGAGUCAAGACUACUACACGCAGUAUAGACAACUUGCGCCGAAAAAAGGUUCUCCUUCCUGGUUCGACAAAAACGAGGUUCUGUUCGACCACGACUUCGGACGCUCGCCGCCGGACGCCGAGGACGAGCUGAAGGACCUGGAGGGCGCCAAGGACGACCGCGACGACCUCGAGAACGACGGGGGACGCAGCUGGCUCAACGACCUGAACGGGAACGACGGUGGCUACGACUUCCGCUUCAACGACGCGCCGCUCAGGAACGUGUCGGGCAUCUAUUCGAACAACCUGUACGCCGCUCGUGCCAGGGAUAUCAUCAGACAACACGCAGCUCAGGCAAGCAAAGAUAACCCGCUGUUCCUCAUGCUCUCCCUACAAGCAGUCCACGGCCCUGUCGAUGUCCCCCUCGACUACAGACGGCAGCACAGGAACAUCAAGAACUUAGCCAGGAGGACCUUCCAUGGUAUGCUGAGUGCGCUAGACGACCUGAUUGGCCAUGUCGUGAGUGAACUGAAGAAGUCAGAUCUUUAUCACAACUCGAUCAUCGUUUUCACCACUGACAACGGCGGCAAUAUCAGGUCAGGAGGCAACAACUUUCCGCUGCGAGGGAAUAAAGGAGGCGUGUUCGAGGGCGGUACGAGGGGCGUGGCUUUCAUUCACUCUCCUCUGCUGCCGAAAACAGGGUUUAAAUACGAUGGGCUGAUGCACAUAGUGGACUGGCAGAGUACUCUCCUACACGCCGUGAGAGCUACCAAGUCCCCCUUCAGGAAGCGAAGGGGCGGGGGGCAUGUGACGACCCCAGAGGACGACGACCCCGACACCUGGGAGGACGACGACCAGCCCCAGGGGUGGGAAGGCGACGGACUCAACCUGUGGGAGGCGAUCACGACCAACGCGGAGUCGCCAAGGUCGUCCUUUGUUUACAAUGUGCGGAAGGGGCCGCUGAAAGGGGCGAUACGGAGGAAGCACUGGAAGCUCAUCGUAGGCGGGGGUGGGCGGUUCGACGGGUGGGUGCCGCCCUCAGACGUGGCAGCAGGAGGAAAAUUUGGCUUCCUACCCACUCACUGUUGCUCGUCUUGGUACACUACUAUGCCUGCAAAUCACGUUGUGUUGUAUAACUUGAGGGACGACCCGCUGGAAACCACAGACGUCUCCCACUUAUUCCCUGAAGUGACGUCCACUCUGAAGUCUCGCCUGAGGAGGUACGCGGCCCAGAGCGUCCAUCCGCACACCCCGAGGGACGACCCCAAUGGACACCCGAGGUUCCACGGGGGUUUCUUCUCCCCUGGGUGGUGCGAUGCGGUCGUCUAGAGCGAUUUUCCCUCACACUUUUAUUAUUAUUGUUGUUAUUAUUAUUUGUUUGUCGUUAUUUAGUGCCAUUUUUCUCACUUUUUUAUUUUAUUGUAUUUUUCUUGCUUUUUUGUUUGAUUACGGUGUCGAUGUCGCCGCCGUUCAAUGCGUUUUUUUUUUUUUUUUUUUUUUUUUAUAAUGGUGGUCGUCUAAUGCAAUUAUUUAUCGAUUUUUAUAUUUUCAUUCUUAUUUGUUUGUGUAAUGAUUUUCACUUAUAAAUAAAUAAAUAUAUAUAUAUAUAUAUAUAUAUAUAUAUUAUUUAUUUAAUUUGUUUAUUUACGAUAUGACGCCAUCAUUAAAGGGCGGUCACACUAGUCUUGUGUCUCCGGGGAUCCCCUUGUAGGACGGGAUAAGAACUAUAUAUAUACAUAUAUAUUUCUAUUUAUAUUUUUUUCUAUUCAUGUAUUUACCGAAUUAGUACUAUCUAAUUUCAUUUAUUUCUGGCACGAUGCUAUAAUUUUUGUUCUUAUACAUCUAUAGUUUAUUUAUCAUAUGUUCAUUAUCUAUCUAUUUAUUAUUAUAAUCAUUUAAGCGUCAAGAGAUGUUUAUUGCGAACCUGUUAUUUGCUCUCUCAUAUACUCUCAUGUUGUAUUAAGAGUCGAGGGAUUCUGCCAUUCAGUCAGCUUCCCAAUAUCUAUUUGUGGUCUGUAAAAUUACAUGCGUAUGCAUAUUUACAUUGAUUUCAUAGAUACACUCAUAUGUUGUACUGAGGUGGUCACCUAUUUAUAGUCAAACACAUAGUCACAUUUAUGCACACACACACACACACAUACACACACACAUACACACACACACACACACACACACACACACACACACACACACACACACACACACACACACACACACACACACACACACACACACACACACACACACACACACACAUACACGUAUACAUUUACACACACACACACACACACACACACACAAUCAUUCAUAUAUAAAUUUUCGUUUCCAUUUGCAUUUGUAUCAUCAUAAUUUAUACAUUAAUAAAAUUAGAUGAAAGAAAUGCUCUAUAUAUAAGUUAAGGUUUACAACACAGGCAGUAUUAUUUACCAGGGUGCCUCCAUUCCUUUCAAAUAUAUGCACUAUCACGAAACCCUUUAUUUAAUGAUUUUGGAAUAUUAAAUCAUUCAAUAUGUAA